AUGGAAGAUUAUAUUUCUCUAAAUGGAUUGGAAUUCGAUCUACAAGUCCAAACAUCUCUCAUACACUUGUACUCCAAGUGUGGAAGCAUCAAGAAAGCUCAAGAAGUAUUUGAAAAAGUGGCAGAUAAAGAUUUAACUGUUUGGUCUUCCAUGAUAUAUAGCUAUGCUAUUCAUGGGAUGGGGAAAGAAGCGAUUGACCUAUUUCGCAAAAUGACAACUACAGAAGGGAUAAUUCCAGAUGCUAUUGUUUACACCAGUGUUUUGCUGGCUUGUAGCCAUGCAGGGUUAGUAGAAGAUGGAUUGAAGUACUUCAUAAGUAUGCAAAAAGAUUUUGGAAUAACUCCUAAGAUAGAACAUUGCACUUGCUUAGUAGAUCUUCUUGGUCGAGUUAGCCGGCUUGACUUAGCAUUAGAUACGAUUCAGGGGAUGCCCUUGGAAGCACAAGUGCAAGCUUGGGCUCCCUUGCUCAGUGCUUGUAGGAUCCAUGGUAAUGUUGAGCUAGGGGAGAUUACUGCUGUCAAGUUACUAGAUCUUAGUCCUGGAAGCUUUGGAAAUUAUGUAUUGAUGGCUAAUUUGUACACCUCAUUCGGCAAGUGGAAGGAGGCGCAUGCAAUGAGAAAAUUGAUAGAUGGUAAAGGACUGGUUAAAGAAUGUGGGUGGAGCCAGGUUGAGAUCGGUGGUGGAUUUCAUACAUUUGCAGCAGGAAAUCCGUCACGUGUUCAGUUGGCCAAUAUCUAUAAGAUGCUAGAAGAUCUAAAUUUUACUCUUCAAGAAGGUAGAUAUGCAGGACAAGCUGUAACAAUGAAUAAUGACCCAGACCAAGGAAGCACUGAUAAUAGUACGGACUUCACCAUCAAUAAUAAUGAUGCUUCAGUGUUCUUGGAUGCUCAACAUUGUUGCAUCAUGAAAACCAGCUUAGAUUAUCUCUCCAGUUUGUCUGCUAAUGAUGGUUUAUCAGGAGCAAUGAGAGCAUUGAUAUCUGAAACUGCAACUGUGUUUGCACAUUGUAGUAGUAGCUACAUUGAAGCAAAUAUGAAAAUUGAGUCCACUGCUUCAGAACUGUCGAGAGCUGAUAACUUAAAAUCUGACCUUGAAAAUAAUAAGAAUCAGUUCAAUGAUAUGGUGGCGUCAGAAAAAGAGCUGCGGCAAAAGUUGGCACGUUUAGAGGAAAUGAAAAAGGAGCUAGAAAAGCAAAUCAGAACUACUAAUGCUAACAUCAUGGCUUCUCGAAAAGAACUGAACACGACUCGAAAGAGAAAGAGAGGUGUUUAUGUGGAAGGAAAAGCACUCAAAGUUCAAAUGGAUGUGAAGGAGAAAGUACCAUGUUUGCAACAUGACUUGGCAAAGGAAAACUAG